GAAAAAAGAGAGAGAGAGAGAAGAGAGCGACGAGAAAAAGAGAGGAGCGAGAAAGAGGAAAGAGAAGAGAGAGAGAGAAGAAGAGAGAGAGCAGCAAGAAAAAGGAGAAGAGAGGAGAGAGAACGAGAGAAAGAGAAAGAGAGAGAGAUAAAGAGAAAAGAGAAAAAAGAGAGAGAGAGAGAGCGAGACGACGACAGAGAGAGAGAGAAGAGAGAGAAGAGAGAGAGAGAGAGAGAGAAAGAGAGAGAAAGAGAGAGAAAGAGAGAGAAAAGAGAGAGAAAGAGAGAGAAAGAGAAAGAGAGAGAGAGAGAGAGAGAGAAAGAGAAAGAGAAAAGAGAGAGAGAGAAGAGAGAGAAAGAAGGAGAAGAAGAAGAGAGAGAGCGAGAAAAG